AAAGUCCAUUUAUACUUACAAACAUUCAGAAUGAUGAAGAUGAAAAUAGUAAGAAGAUCAGAAGCAAGGGUCUAUCAAAAAAGUUAGAUAGAAAUCAUCCAUUAUUUCGAGACUUUUACAGAGCAUCUGUUGAUUAUUUAAAUUCAAGUGCUGCGAUAUUAAACAAAAAUUUAGAGUUUUAUAAUUCAAUUGCCUACACUGUUCUUAAAGGCGAUCAAGAACCC